UACAAACAUAAGGAUAUAUGAAUACAUAAAAGUGAUAUCGAUAUCGUAUCGACAUGCCUUGUUUUCAGCAGGAAAAGAGCCUUGAGUUCUGCUUGAAAAAGAAGAACAGUGGACGAGAUGCCUUGACUCCCAAGGUGUUGCGGGCUCGUCCCAUUCGUUUCCAUGGACUCUUUGGCAUGGGCUAUGCCAGCCAGCACUUGAUUGUGGACGAGAAAUGGACUCCUCAAUCUCUGACCGAUCAAUUCAGUGGCAUGACUGGGCUGCUAACUCGUCGCAUCAUCUACAAGCGUCAUGAGACGAAGGCCAAUCGAUUGCGUCUCCUGAAGCUGAGCAAGCGUUUGAAAGCCGAAUGCUUUGAUGGGCACAUCAAGCUGAAGAACAUCUCAUCCGGCAACAAUCUGCAUACGAUACGCAACUAUCUGAAUGACCACAUUGACAUGCAACGCCUCUACCGGCAGAUGCCCAUACAUCUGAUUGUGGACAAUAUCAAUCAGCGUACCUUUGUCAUGCGCAAGGAGCGAGAUCGUCUCGAGUUUCGCUUGGGCCAGCUGAAACAUGAAUAUAAAACUCUAUUGCGUGAGCGUUGCAAUCUGGAGAAUCUAAUGAAGUAUGAGAACUACUAUGUGUUGGAGGAGGAGACAGCAUCUCGUAUAUUAAUGAAGAAAAUAGAAAACUCAAAUGUCCGCCUGAAGGCCAUUCGAAACAUAAAUACUACAUAUAAGAAAAUGAUACAGGUCCUGCUGCAGGAUGAGAUAUUUUAUGAGCCCAUACUGCGCUCGCUCGAUGACGAUAUGACCGAUCAGGCGCUUCUGAUACGGCACAUACUAUACUUGGGGAUGCCGGCUAUAGCCAAGUUUAAGGACCUCAAUCGCGAGUUCCAAAUCUUGGAGGAGAAGGCACGACUCAAUCUCCAAGAUAAGAUACAGAUGCUAGCGUCGUUGCAACAGCAGCAGCCAAAGGUCGUGAAUCAGCGCACUGCAGUGGAGACCAAGGAGAUUCCAUCAGCAAAUCCCAGACGAUAUGUGCGUCAGACGUACAGCAUGGAACGGUUGAAGCUGCAGCUACAGUCCAUCGAGAAGACCAUCAAGGAACUGAAGCUGGUCACACUCUGCUCGCAGGCCAAGGAGAUCUAUCCACAAUUCAAGGGUCAGGUGGAGAGCAAUGUGCUGCUGCACCGCAAGAUCGAGCACCAUAGGCAGGCUCUCAAUGCGCUCAGGAGUAAGAUGAAUAGUGCUAGUGUGCUGGAGGGUGUUUUGAUUAACAAUUUGUCCGAGGAGGAGAUCAAUCGCCUCAAUUACAUAGAUGUUUUAAAAGCUACGUUAAAGAAUGACGAGGAAUUCGAAAAGUCGAGUGUGGAAUAUCUAAUAGAUCAAUCACAUGUUUACACUAUGUUUCGAUUUAAUGUGUGGAAUCUUUAUGAAAUUCUUCGACAUGUCGAUCGUAAUCCAAAAACCUUUCGUACCACUUAUCCCAAUUCGUAUCUAAAAUUGCCCCUGCUGAAGUUUGAGAUGUUGGACGCCUUUGCCGUGCCACCCGAGGUUUUUGAAGUCGACGUCGAAAUUCUUAUGAAUACACUCAAGCGUAAGGUGUACAAACUAAUGAAGGGCUAUUCAGACAAAAUGCUGCCAUCGUUAAAGAAGAGUAAACAGGAGUAUCACGAAAAGUUUUUGGCCACCUUUGAACGACGGGAGGCCUACAAUGAAGACGAUCAACAUACGCGCAUGACAAUCGGUGGCGAUCUAUUGGAAGACACCAAGGUCAAUAUCAAUGUACCGAACCGCAAGCAGAUAAAGGCGCAGAGUGCUAGGAUAGUGGAAAGCGCUAUCAGACGGGAAGAAUCAUAACGUUCCGAUCUCUUUUAAAUCAUUAAUAAACUUCACACGCUUUCCUUACCCCUUUGAAUAG